AUGAAAGAGGUGAAGUCGCUGUCGAAUAAAAGUUCAGCUAUAAGUGAAACAGGCAGUGUUGUUUACUCGCAACCAUCUUGUAGCUUUCAAAGCAUAUGGUCCAGACUCAAUAAUGAAGAUUUGACAGAACAAAAGGCUUUGGCUAAAGAGAUACUAGCUGAAACAGAAGCGAACCGUUCUAAAGGUGUCUCAGUUACUCGUUGUAUAUGCUUAGCUCCAAGAUCUUCUAAGUGUCCUCUUCGAAGUUCGGUCCUUUACGACGAACGACUAACUAUCAUUGCACUUACAAAAGUGAAAUUUUCCCAUUCUGAUCGAACUCAUUGGGAAAUGUUACUUUCAAUUUAUCGCAGUUUGAGUGGCGAUUUUGUAAACGACGUGCCGCAUAUUGGGUCACACUGGGAAUCAGUUGGAUUUCAAGAUAAUGAUCCAUCUACCGACCUUCGCGGUGUCGGUAUUUUUGGUCUUUGUCAAUUACUUUUUCUUAUUUCCAAUGGUUUGUCAACUCAGAAGAUGACUCAGUUGCUCGAACUUUCUAAUGACAAAGUUCAGAACUUCCCCUUCGCAAUUGUCAGUCUAAACUGGACCCAAAUAGUUAUUGAACGUUUAAAACGAGGGAAAUUGAACAGAUUAGCAAACCAAGAGAAUAGUGUACUAAGUGUUGUGAAUGGUAUAUACCGCGGCUGUUUUCUGACAUUCCAAACAUUGUGGAGGGCAAGGCAGUGCACCACAGCAGAUUUUUGCAAAGUUUCAGAGGCUUAUUAUUUUAUAGAAAUCCGAACACUAGUGAAACGGCGACCAAAACAUUUGCUCAACAUGGCUGUCCUUAGCGAAUGGUGA